UAACAACAACAAGGCAUUCGUGUCCAGGAUUGAUGGGUGUUAGCUAGUUAAAUUAACCGUAAGGUUCGGUUUUUAGCACGCUAAAUCACAAACGUCGUCGCAUCAUUUUUCACAGUAGGCGCCGGGUGGGUAUAAAAGCAUGGCAGACGAUGGUCGGAGAGAAGACGAGGAUGAACAGAGUCCUGGAUUACAGCACAAGAUGUUUGUAGUAAUGGAGGACUUGUUAGAUAAACUUAAACUGUUAGAUUAUGAGGAUCAAGUCCUUGUAAAACACAACAUGAAACCUCUGUCCAGGCAUUAUUUUGUGGCAAGUUUAUACACAGUGAGUAAUCCUGGUGAACAAUUCUACAUGUUUAGUGUCAUCGCAGCAUGGCUUAUAACACUGUGUGGCCGGGUGUUUGAAACACCUCAGGAGUACGACGACCCCAAUGUGAUUGUCUCAAACAUCCUGACACACCUUAGGGCUCUGGGUGGGCUUGUUGACUUCCCCCCAUCUAAGCUGAAAUCUGGUUCUGGUGAACAUGUGUGUUACGUCUUGGAUCGGCUGGCUGAGGAAGCCCUGAAGUAUAGACAAUUUGUUUGGAAGAGGCCUAUCUACCCCUCAGAAGAGUUGGAGGAGGAGUCUGUGAUGGGGGAUGAUGCUGAGCUCACUCUCAGCAAAGUGGAGGAGUUGACUGAGGAGGCUGAUGAGGAAGAUCAUGUUAUUGAUUUGGAGGAACUGAAGUCCAGAACUACUCAGAAUGAGGUGAGUGGGGCUAGACCAGAGGUUAUUCUGGAGUCAGUGACUGAUUCUGUGGAGUGGAAUCUGGAGGUAGAGAGGGUUUUGCCCCAGCUUAAAGUCUCUGUCCGCACAGAUAUUAAGGAUUGGCGGAGCCACGUGAGCCAAAUGCAUCAGCACCAGGACAGCAUUAAAAGCUCUUUGAAAGAGGCCACGUCAUAUCUGGAUAAUCUGCUGGAGGAGAUCGGUAAAACCCAGGAGAAAGUGAGCAGCAGAGAAAAAUAUAUCAACACACAGCUAGAACACCUCAUCACAGACUACAGGAAUGCACAGUCAAAAUUCUGUGAGGCCAAAGAGCUAUAUCAGCAGGGCAGUGGAGGAUUAACUGAAAGAACCAGGAUGAUAGCAGAGAUCAGUGAAGAGCUUGAGAAAGUCAAACAGGAGAUGGAGGAGAAGGGUAGCAGCAUGUCAGACGGAGCUCCAGUAGUAAAGAUCCGUCAGAGUCUAACCAAGUUAAAGCAGGAGAUCCAAGAUAUGGAUGUUCGUAUGGGAGUGGUUGAGCACACACUGCUUCAGGCCAAACUGAAGGAAAAGAACAACAUGACCAGAGACAUGCAUGCCACACACAUAACAGAGACUACUACACACACCUACUCAUAACCAUUGUGUGUUUGUGUGUACAUGUUUGUAAUAGUACCUGUAGACCUGCACAUUCAUUCAUGCAGUUAUCUAAUCAGCCAAUCAUGAGGCAAAAGCUAAAAAAAAAAACAUGUAGCUAUAGUUCAUGCGUUUGAGAUUAUGCCCAUCAUACCAGAUCAUAUCAAAAACCUGUUUUUGGCUGACAAGAGUGGAAGCUACUGUGGUCUUCUGCUUUUGUAGUCCAUACCCCUCAAGUGUUGAUAUUUUCAAAGAUGCUUUUCAUCUCACUGUGGGUGUAAAGAGUGCGUAGUAGACUACAGACUAACCAAACCAGUCCAGCCAUUUUAUUCUGAUCACUUUCAUCAACAUUGUGUUUCUACUUAGGGGAUUUUUUUUUUUUUUUACCAACAUCCAUGGCAAAAGCAAAGUUACUGAAAUUCUUUUCCCUAUUAUGAUGUUUGGGAACAUUCACUGAUGCUCUUGACCUGUAUCUGCAUGAGUGUAAGCAUUGUGCUGCUAAAACAUGUUUAAAUGAUUAGAUAACUGCAUGUUGUGGACAGUGAGACA